AUGGCACAAUUUGCUUAUGUCACCACCGCCAUUGUUGCCUUCUUCCUCAUCCUCCUUCCACAAUCUUAUACUUCUGGAUCUAUUUUAAGCCAUAACCCUCGCUCCUACUCACUUACACAAUCAGAUGUUGAUCUUUUAGAAUUUCCUCUGAAUUUAGAGUAUUUGGAAGCUGAGUUCUUUCUGUAUGGCUCUUUGGGCUAUGGCUUGGAUGAAGCUAAUCCAGGCCUAACUCAAGGAGGUCCAUCUCCCAUUGGUGCUAAAAAAGCCCACUUGGACAACUUCACUAGGGAUGUUAUCACGCAAUUUGCAUGGCAAGAAGUUGGACACCUGAGAGCUAUUAAAAGUAUAGUAAAGGGAUUCCCAAGGCCAUUGUUGAAUUUGAGUACGGAAUCAUUUGCCAAGCUUGUUGCAGGGCUUUUGGCAGUGGAAUCAGGUCAAGAUGCAGUGAUUCGAGCAUUGCUAUAUGAGCGUGCCCCGGAGAAGGUGCAACCAUAUGGUAUAACAGUGGCUGAGUUCACUAAUCGCAUUUCAGAUCUAAGGAAUAAGCUAGGACAUGAAGGUUGGAAAGAUGAAGGCCUUGUGGUUCCCAAAUACAGAGGUGCUGAGGGAAAAAUCAGUGGCAACGUUCUCGCCGGGGACGAGUUCUCACUCGGAUAUGCCAGGACACAACAGGAGAUACUAAGAAUUAUAUAUGGAAGUGGUAAUGAACGUGUCCCUGGAGGUUUCUAUCCUAAAGGAGCUGAUGGCCAUAUUGCUAAAUCUUAUUUACCCAAUGCAUAG